AUGGGGCUGGGAGUGCUGGAAGAUCGGGUGAUGGAACAUGUGCCUGGCACAACCAGAUACUUUGACGACCCGGAACGACCGCAAUUCUCUAGCGAGGGAGUCGAGGGCCUCAAGUGCGAUACCAGCGGACAGAUGCCCAUCAUUCUCGUCCCUCAGCCAUCAGAUGACCCUAACGACCCCUUGAACUGGCCGUUAUGGAAGCGCGAUCUCAUCACCUUUAUUCUCUCCGUGACGGCCAUCUUUGCGACGUGUCUUGGUCCAAUUCUUGCCGCCAACACGCUGACCCUGACCGAAGAUUUCUCGGUCAAAUUCUCCAAGGUCGCCGAACUUACAGGAUGGUAUCUCUUCGGAGUCGGAAUCGCCGCCUUCUUCUUCGUCCCCUCGGGUCGUCUGUGGGGAAAGCGUCAUUUGUUUGUGGGCGGAACCAUCCUGCUGAUCAUCACCUCGGCUUGGGGAGGCGCAUCGCGACACAACUAUGCGAGCAUGGCUGCUGCGAGAGUGUUUCAGGGUGUGGCCACAGCGCCGUUCGAGUCGCUUGUCAAUGUUGCGGUGGGAGAUCUGUACUGUGUGCAUCAACGCGGCAUUCGUAUGGCCUUCACAAAUCUGGCCGUCUUUGGUGGUGCCUUUUUCACCCCCAUCCUGGUGGGCAAGAUCACCCAUGAGAUUGGAUGGCAGUGGACCUUUUACUUUGUCGCCAUCUUCUGCGGCUUGUGCUUGCCGGCCGUAUACUUCUUUUGCCCCGAAACCGCCUAUCGGCGAGACCAGUCUCUCAACACUGAUAUGCUGUCGUCCGAUGGCCCAGGCGCCCAACAGUUCUUCGCGAACACUUUGAACGCCCCUAAGGAGCCUGAGAAAACGACGAAGAGAGACGCUCCGUCCACUCCUGAUACAUUGGUUGGUGAUGACGCCAACCAGACUCAGGUAGGACUUAGCGAGAUCCCCAUCUCUUCGGCACCUGCAGCUCCAGCCACUUCAUCGACAGCCGCACCCGUCCCAACAGCUCGAGCGUCAGUGGUUCCUCCGCCCAAGGCGACAUUCAAAGACUCUCUUGCCAUGUUCAACGGCCGCAAAGCCGACGAGAAUUUCGUGAAGCUGAUGUUGCGGCCAAUCGUUCUGUUUUUCCAUCCGGCCUUUUUCUGGGCAUGCUUGAUUCAGGGGUUGAUGAUUGGCUGGACAGUCUUCAUUGGUGUCAUUCUUGCUCAGUUCUUCAUCGGCCCUCCUCUCUGGUGGGGCGAGGUUGAGACAGGAUAUGCAUACACAGCGGCGUUUGUUGGCGCUAUUGUCGGCUUCCUCAUCGCUGGUCUCUUGUCCGACUGGAGUGCCCGUUUGAUGACUAAGUGGAACAAGGGCAUCUAUGAGCCAGAAUUCCGUCUGUUUCUCAUCAUUCCCAUGAUGAUUUUUGGGUGCAUUGGGCUGUACGGCUGGGGGCCUACCGCGGAUGAUCUUCUCUGGGACAUUCCCCCUGCCAUUCCGCUCAUGUUCUUCGGUUUCCAGGUUGCUGGUAUGGUUAUUGGCGCAGUGGCCAGCUCGCUUUACAUUGUGGAUGCUUAUCGCGACCUGGCUAUCGAAGGCUUCACCAUCAUGAUCGUCUUCAAGAACUUGCUCAGUUUUGGCCUCACCCUCAAGGCCUUCCAGUGGCUUGUCCUCAAUCAGACCAAGGCUACUCCGUUGUUCAACAUUAUUGGUUCUGUGCAACUGGUUGUCUGCCUGUCCAGCAUUCCGUUGUGUAAGUCUCAACUGGUGUCCUUUUUGUCUCUGUUGCUCGUGCUAAUACCUAUCCCCCCAUCUGCAGACGUAUUUGGUAAGCGCAUGCGCAGCUUUUACCAUCGCCACGACUGGUUGGCUUUCUGCAAGGUCAGGUAA